UACUGUCGUAUUGACCUCAGCUCAUUAUUACUCCCUUUACGGAGGAGACGGGCACUUAAGGACUAUUUGGCGUUGCACUGACGAGUAGGAUUGUACACAAGGGCAACGUACGCUUACCGUUAAGAGGAGGGAUGUUUGUCACAGUGCUGUUUGGAGACAACAGAAUGGCAUUAUUCAAUCUCAACUGCAGGUUGAUAAACUUCAUCCAUAGUUUGAAGAUGAGGUGUGGUCUGCACAGUGAAGACUGUGUGGACUUGAUGGACAGAUCCGGCACAGUGAUGAGCCUGGUGGAGAAGGAGCAAAGUGUGGAGCCGGCCAGCCUUUUGUUGGUGGAGAGGAGCAUCUACGUCCUCCUACGAGUCUGCCGAAGUGAGGACAGUGAAGGCCAGAAACACGUGCCUCUCUUAAACAACCUCAGCAAGAACCAUCCCGAGUUAUCAGAUAUGCUGAAGAAAAUGUCAAAUCCGAAUAAGAAACGAGGGGGAAGGAAUGGUUCCUUUAGAAAAGGCUGGACCCAGAAGGACAGCUCUGUCACACAGAGCCGGAACAAAAACACCUCUGCAAAUAAGAGCCAUCUAAACAAAUAAGGGCUCUGCAGCUCACAGCCAAGAGGACAAAGGUUCGAGGCUGUGAGGGGAAGUCCUGUGCACGUUAUGAACUGGCUGUUUCAGUCGAAUAGUUAUUCAAGCAUUUUGCCUCAUCUGCAGAAUAGCUUAGUGCAGGACGUCCCUUGCAUUGUAAUGCAUACAUUUAUAAUGAAUGUAACUACAAUAAAUUCAGAAUUUCC